AGGAGAAACAUCAACAAACAAUACUCCCUUGUUUAUCACAAUUUGUAAUACACAAUUCACUCUCAUUAAUUGACAUAUAUCAUCAUCCAAAAAACAAUGGACUUUGUAACUUGUACUCUUGUCCUUCUAUUAACAUGUGCAUCUGUUCAUGCUCUUAGCUUACUCCUAAGUAGAAUAAUAGCAAAACCAAACUAUAACCUUCCACCAGGACCUUCCCCUAUUCCCAUCAUAGGGAACCUCCUUGAAUUAGGAGAAAAACCACAUAAAUCAUUAGCAAAACUUGCCAAAAUUCAUGGUCCUUUAAUGAGUCUAAAACUAGGCCAAAUAACCACAAUUGUAAUCUCCUCAGCAACAAUGGCCAAAGAAGUUCUCCAAACCAAUGACCAAUUCUUGUCAAACAGAAAUGUUCCUCAAUCUGUGUCAGUUCUCAACCAUGAUCAUUAUAGUCUUGCAUUCCUACCCAUUUCACCUCUUUGGAAAGAAUUGAGAAAAAUAUGCAACACUCAAUUAUUUUCUCACAAGUCUCUUGAUUCAAGCCAAGAUGUUAGGUGCAAGAAAAUGCAACAAUUUCUCAAUGAUAUCCAUCAAAGUAGUCAAAUUGGUGAAGCAAUAGAUAUUGGAACAUCAGUGUUCAAGACAACAAUAAAUUUUUUAUCAAACACUAUUUUUUCUAUGGAUUUGAUCAGUUCUAAUGGUGCAGCAGGAGAGUUCAAGGAUUUGGUGACUGAUAUAACAAAACUUGCUGGAACACCAAAUGUUGCAGAUUUUUUUCCUUUGUUGAAGAUGCUUGACCCACAAGGCAUAAAAAGAAGACAAACAAAGAAUGUAAGGAAAAUUUUAGACAUCUUUGAAGACUUGAUUAACCAACGUUUGAAAAUCAGGGAAGGCACUGGUGUAUACAACAACAAAGACAUGUUAGAUGCCAUGCUCAACAUUUCUAAGGAGAAUGAGUUUAUGGACAAAAAUAUUAUCCAACGUCUAUCACAUGAUCUAUUUGUUGCGGGAACAGAUACAACAACAUCUACAUUAGAAUGGGCAAUGACAGAGCUUAUUCGAAAUCCAGAAAUUAUGAAAAAAGCCAAAAAAGAAUUAGAACAAAUAAUUGGACGUGGUGUCCCAGUUGAAGAGUCAAAUAUCUCCAAACUCCCAUACUUAGAGGCAACAAUAAAAGAAACACUUCGAUUGCACCCACCAGUUCCAUUUUUACUGCCACGAAAAGCAGAAAGGGAUGUUGAGAUAUGUGGCUACAGUAUCCCAAAAGAUGCACAAAUUCUAGUUAAUGUGUGGACUAUUUGUAGGGAUCCAACCUUGUGGGAGAAUCCAAGUUUGUUCUCUCCAGAAAGGUUUUUAGGGUCAGAGAUUGAAUUUAAAGGAAGGAAUUUUGAGCUUGUACCAUUUGGUGGUGGGAGGAGAAUUUGUCCUGGUUUGCAAUUGGCUAAUAGAAUGUUGAUGUUAAUGUUGGGUUCGUUAGUUAAUUCAUUUGAUUGGGAGCUUGUAGAUGGCAUGAAAUUUGAAGAUAUCAACAUGGAUGAUAAAUUUGGGAUUACUUUGCAAAAGGCCCAACCCCUUCGAAUUGUUCCUCUCAAAUUAAAGUAACUAACAACUGUUUCAUCACAUGUUUUUCUCACCUCUUUACUUUUUCUGUCAAGAGUCAUUGCAUAUUCUUUACUUUAUGGUAAAUUUUUGGUGUUGUAUUGAUGCUGAUAGAAUAUUAAUGAAAUAAAUUUUAUUCAA